UAAGUGAUUUUUUUAUUUAUUUGAUUUUCUGAUUGUAUUUGGUUCUUUAUCUUUGCAGAUUUUGAGCCCAUGAGUCAAAGCAGCAUUAUCAAACCUAUGCCAGCAUAUUUUACAUCACCUCUGAAGCGAAGCCACAGCAAUGAACUCAUACCUCCUUCCUUGUCUGAACCUGAACUGAGGGUUGUCCUACUGGGAGGCAACUGGUCCCAGAGAAAUCUAGUUAGGACCCUCAUACUGGGAGGGAAAAGUUUCACCACGAAACCAAACUCCUUUAUCAAAAUCACUGGAUCAGUGAGAAACAGGAAAAUAUCUGUUAUCAACACUCCAGAUCUGCAGUUCCCCACAGCGGACAGCAUUACAGAGUUUAUUAGAGGAUGUGCUGCAGCCUCUCAUCCUGGACCUCAUGUGUUCCUGUUGGUUCUUCAGCCUGAAGACUUCACUGAGGAAGAAAAGCACAGCAUCCACCAAGCACUUUACCAUUUCAAUGAUGAAUCAUUUAGUCAUUCACUGGUAAUGAUCCUGAAUCCCAAACAGGAAGGUUCAAUAUUAAAGGAAGAACGGAUGAAGAAUCCUCAGAUAAGGAAUCUGAUCACAGAGUGUAGAUACAGAUAUUUAUUCCAAAUGAUGGUUGAACCUCAAGAGCUGCUGAUUCAGUUUGAUCAAAUAAUGAAAGAGAACAAUGGAGAACAUGUGAGCGUUUAUGAGUUUGUGGAAGAGGAGCCUCCUGGUGUUUCACUCCAUGCUGUUGUUAAAAAUCCUUCUCAAACAACUGAGCAGAUUCCUCUGCAGCUUCCUAAAGAUGGCAUUUCUUUUAGGAUUGUACUACUCGGAGAAAAAGAGAAUAAAAGGACUGAACUUGUUAAGCAGAUGAUCAGAAAUCAAGAACUUUUCAUCCAAAAACCUCCUUCCCAAUGUGUGGCUUACUGUGGAAAGUGGACAGGAAAACCAGUAACUAUGGUGACAUUUCCUGACCUGUUCAGUAUGUCAACUGAGAAAAGGAAAGCAGAGGUAAAGAGCUGCUGGGAUCUUUGUCAUCCUGGACCAAAUGUUCUGCUGCUGUUAGUGAAGCCUUCAGAUUUCAAUAAGGACCAAAGAAAUGCACUCGGUCAUCACAACACAAGAGGAUGGUCUCAUUUAUCCUGUCACUGA